UCCUCUUCUGAUGAAGAUUCUCGUCUGAAAAAAGAGUUGUGAGAUGAGAUAGGUCAAAUUCCUCCAUUGAUAUCACCGCCUCAAUCUCUGUAAUGCCGCAUUGCCGGAGGGAAGGAAAUGUGAGACGGAGAAGCCUGUGGAUGGUUCGAGACAGAGGAUGAUUCAAGAGAGGAAAUCUACUAUGGAAGAAUGAAUGAAUUUGGAGAAGACGUCGAUCUUCAACGCUCUUUAGGUAUUUUUAGAACAAGUGCGAUUUUAUCAUGUGGCUGAUUAUUCUCCGUUAAUGGCUCGUAUCGACUGAGAUUUAAUGGUGUGGAGGAUUCGGGAGUAGAAAUGCUGGUGGUCAGUUUGGAGAUCACGAAGGAGCAUUGGCGAGAACUGAAGAUCAAUUCUAGUGAAAGAACGAUGGCCUGAAGCAUCUUAGGGCACAAAUGCGGGAAGGAGAAGUCGGCGAUCGAUUUGAAGCGGAGGAGGAUUGGCGAAAAUUGAAGAAUUCUAGUGGAAGAAUCAUGGAGUUUGUAAACAACGAUCUUCAGGUACGAGCGAGAAAUCGAUGGCGAUUUUAUUCCAUCAUUGAUUCUUAGGGCACAAAUGCGGGUUGAACAAGCCAGUUGUCGAUCGGUUUGAGGCGGAGGAGGAACGGGUAGAAGAAUUCUACGGAGGAAGAGCAAAAAAGAUCGGCAAAGACGGUUCAAUACAAGAAGAUAUAUCAAUGGUUUACUGGAAAUGCGAGAUUACCAGAGCAAUCAAGAAAAUUAUGCAGCCGUAACGAGUCUAAGGACCAUGAAUUUCCAAACUUCUGGAUCGAAAUAAUAAAUAAUAUAAAAUGUUCUAACGUUAGUAUGAUCCUCGGAAAAUGUAUAUAUUAAAAUUAAAGGGUUUUUAAACAUUUAAACAAAAUUACCGAUCUUUCGGGGAGAAAAAAGAAAAAAAGAAAACCAAGAUAAAAUAAAAUAAAAUUACGUGCCAAAAAGAUUUGGCGCCGACCCAGUCAAGCAACUAUAUAUAUAAUUACUCUUGCACAGGAAGAGAGUAAGUUCGCGGCAGCGUCAUAUUCUGUCCUUCUCCAAAGACUUCGUUAGGAAGGAUCGGGAAAGCGAGGGCGACGCUGCACCAAAUCGGAAGAAAACCCUAAUCGACGGAAUCACACCGAGUUACAGUUACAGAGUUUGUUGCUUACUUCACUCUUCUGUUUGGUAUCCUAAUAUCCAUUUCGAGGUUUGAGGUUCUCUCGAUCGAUGGCGGCUGAAUCUGGCUCCGGAUUAUCUUCCUCUAAUCCCGUGGGAUCCUACAUUGGGAGCUCGAUAAGUCUCAUUUCCAUGUGCGAGAUUCGUUACGAAGGCACACUCUACCACCUCAACAUCCAAGAGUCUACCAUCGGUCUGAAGAACGUUAGGUCUUAUGGGACAGAAGGACGGCAGAUUGAUGGUCCUCAGAUCCUUCCAAGUGAUAAGGUGUAUGAUUAUAUUGUGUUUAGAGGCAGUGACAUCAAGGAUUUGCAACUCAAGGCCCCCUCACUUGCUGAAACAGACCAGCGGGUUCACGGUGGCUCUGCGAUCCAGUCAAAUCAUGCUGGGCUCUUGACUUCAUCACUGCCUGCUUCACUUGAAGGUGAAACAUACUCUGCCUCAAAACAGUGUCAGGAUACUCUGUCUUCUAAUGGACAGUAUCCUAGCAUGUUGUCUUCAUAUCAAUCUGUAGCUGCAGCAAUGACAUCUACUUCUUCCUUUCCUCCAAUCUGGCAAGAAAUAGGCAACACCAGAGCUCAAGUUUCGGGUAAACCUAUAUUCCACCCAGCAACAAAUCUUUCCAGGCAGUCUGUUCUGAAUACCGCACCUUCUUUGUCGGGUUCAGGUCCGUUGCCUGCAUUGCCUCCAUCUUCAUUAACUCCUUAUCAAUUAUCACAGUCUGGAGCAGGCGUGCAUUCCUCCACAAAGAAACUAUGUGUUGAUGCUAGGAACUUUGGUGCUUCUGCACAUUUACCUUGUAAUCCUUCAGCACUAAUUGCUGUUUUAGAACGUCAACUACCCUCGUUACCAUCUCUGAGAGAAACACCUGCUCAACAGUUUACUGAAGAGUUUGAUUUUCAAGCAAUGAAUGAGAAGUUUAAGAAGGAUGAAGUAUGGGGUUAUCUUGGAAAAGCACAGCAAAUGGAUAUUUCAGAGGUUGCAGCGGAUAAUGCAAUUGGUAUUGUCUUGGGGGAUAAAGAGAGACGUUGGGCCAUACCUACCGCUAAGCCUGCGUAUAACAAGAAUGAAUUCUUCGAUACAAUUUCCUGCAAUUCUCUUGAACGUGGAUCAAGGAAUGGACAUAACCGGUUCUCCGGGCCAAAUAAAUUUGACGCUGAGACAAGCGGAGCCGGAGACCUUCCACAAACGGGCAAUCUUGGUUUCGAUGGCUAUGGCUAUGGCGUUAGACGUGGUGAGAAUUUCUGGGGCUCAAAUAAUAAUUUUGGACGGGGAUACAAUUAUGGUGGGAGAGGGCUUGAAGGGUGGGAGAGCAUGCCAUUCUAAAUUCUUAGCCACUUGUAAUUAUUAGAAAUUUUCUGGUCCUAUUGUUAUUGGAUUGUGACAUAUGCACAUAUCUCCCUGUAAUUAUUUCCUUCACCUCCACCUGUUGGCUGUUGCACUGGGGGGAGGGGAGGAUGUGGUAGACUUCUGUAACUUUUAACAUAUAUUUGAUGCAUGAUUUUAUGUAUAUCUAUGAGAA